AGCAAACGACAAGCCGCCUUGUCUUCCUGGCUUCACCUGCGGCAUUGUCCGGUUGUCCACAAGGGUAUCACUCUUCGGCCACAUGCCGACCCUCCAUUCGACUGGGACUUCAGGGAUCCAAUGGCUUAUCUGACUCAGCUGCAUUCAUGCAUAAAAAUUAUCAGGCAUUUUUAGUAGGAGAAGAAUAGAAGAUACUUGAACUUUGUUUUCAAUCUGAUUCCCAGAUUAGAUUCUUGCAUUGUUCGGUCGUGUCGUCACCCUGAAAGCUCCAUUCUGUUUCCGUUUUGGAGCUUUGGACUGACUUAACAAUGUGGGAUUACUUUUUCUGUGGCGAAUAUUCGUUUCCAUGUUUUUGUUGGAAAGAUUAUUACACCUUUGCCUGAAGCAGAAGGGAUUUCAAAGACUGAAUGGGAGGGAAGGAGGGCGAGGCUUCGAAAUCCAGGGGCCUGUUUUGGAGGUUGCUAGUUUUACUAAUUGCAGCUCUUGUAGUAACAACAGCUGUACUCACUAUUUUAAGGGACUUUCAUUAUUUCAAGAAACAUGGAGUUCCAAGUGAUCACCCCAUCAACAAGAAAUAUGCUGAUGCUCUUGAAAUAGCUCUUCAAUUCUUUGACGUACAAAAAUCUGGCAAGUUAGUGGAUAACAGGAUUUCUUGGAGAGGGGACUCGGGGCUGCAAGAUGGGAGUGAAGGGAAUUUGGAUCUAUCAAAAGGAGUGUUCGACGCUGGAGAUGCAAUGAAAUUCGGUUUUCCAAUGGCAUUCACUGCCACAGUGCUGUCAUGGGCGAUUCUAGAGUAUGGUGAUCAGAUGAAUGCUGCGAAGCAACUGGGAUAUGCACAGAACUCGCUUAGGUGGAUCACAGAUUACCUUAUCCAUGCACACCCUUCUGAAAAUGUGCUUUAUAUCCAGGUGGGAGAUCCAGAAUUAGACCACAAAUGUUGGGAAAGACCUGAAACCAUGUCAGAGACAAGGCCUAUAAUACAGGUUAACACAUCUUUGCCUGGAACAGAAGUUGCGGCGGAAACAACUGCAGCUAUGGCGGCAGCAUCCCUGGUUUUUAAGAAAAGUGACCCCGUUUAUUCCAAUUUGCUCCUUAUGCAUGCUCGGCAACUCUUCACUUUUGCUGAUACUUACAGAGGUUCUUACAGCAUCAGUGUUCCUCAAGUGCAGAAAUUCUACAAUUCCACAGGAUAUGGAGAUGAACUGCUGUGGGCUGCUUCGUGGCUUUAUCAUGCUACAGGAUACGAAUCAUACUUGAGAUAUGUAACCGAGCUAAAUGGACAAAAUUUUGAUAAUUGGGGGAGUACAACUUGGUUCAGCUGGGAUGACAAGCUUGCUGGAGCUCAGAUCCUGCUGUCCAGGAUAAUCUUCUUUGGUGCCAAAGAUAUUCCAACAGUCCAGAACCUAUAUCUCCAGAUGUACAGGAAAACAGCUGAGGCUGUCAUGUGUGGUCUUCUACCAGAUUCACCAACGGCCACAUCAAACAGAACAGAUGGUGGCCUAAUAUGGGUCACGGAAUGGAACUCACUGCUGCAUCCUGUGGCUUCUGCAUUCCUAGCUAUUCUUUAUAGUGAUUACAUGCUCACGUCGCAAACUGAAACACUAUAUUGCAGUGGGAAUUCCUACAAGCCAGCUGAUCUUCGCAAGUUUGCUAUUUCUCAGGCAGAUUAUGUGUUGGGAGCAAAUCCCAUGAAGUUAAGCUAUCUUGUUGGUUAUGGGAGCAGGUACCCCCAAUAUGUACACCAUAGGGGAUCUUCAAUUCCAGUGGAUGCUGAUACUGGCUGCAAAGAUGGAUUCAAGUGGCUUUAUUCAGACAAUCCCAAUCCAAAUAUAGCUGUUGGAGCACUUGUUGGUGGCCCUUCUCUGAAUGAUUCCUAUUCUGAUACUCGAAACAAUACACAACAGGGUGAGCCAAGCACAUAUAACUGUGCCCUCUUGGUUGGCCUUCUCUCUGGCCUGCUCACCACUUCAUCUGUGGCUAAAUCUUAUACAUAGAAACAUCAACACCUGUAAAUAGUUUUGAUCUUGUAAAUAGUUGUUAGAUACAUGAAAAAAAAAAAAAUUCCUCAACUUUCUCUUGGGCUAUCUGAUAUUUUUCUGGUUUUUGAAUGGAAUCUUUAGCAUUUUCUUGGUUAACCGGCUGGUUCAAGAUUUUUUUUUUUUUUUAAUAUAGUGAGAUUA